AGCAGGAAUAUCUGGAGGAUUAUCAUCUGAAUUGAGAUCUGCUGCUGUGAAGAUGGAGUUGGUUAAAGAAGAGAGUGAAGAAAAUACAAGUGAACCAGAAAUCUGGAGAAUAAAUCACGAGGAAUCAGAAACCUGGAGAAUAAAAAAUAAGGAACCAGAAACCUGGAGAAUAAAACACGAGGAUCCAGAAACCUGGAGAAUAAAACACGAGGAACCAGAAACCUGGAGAAUAAAACAUGAGGAACCAGAAACCUUGAGAAUUAAUUAUGAGGAACCAGAAACCUGGAGAAUAAAACACGAGGAACCAGAAACCUGGAGAAUAAAACACGAGGAACCAGAAACCUGGAGAAUUAAUUAUGAGGAACCAGAAACCUGGAGAAUAAAUUAUGAGGAACCAGAAACCUGGAGAAUAAAAAACGAAGAACCAGAAACCUGGAGAAUAAAACACGAGGAACCAGAAACCUGGACAGUAAACCACGAGGAACCAGAAACCUGGAGAAUUAAACAGGAGGAACAAGAAGAGUUUAUUGAAGAAAAUGAAGAAAACGAAGAAUUAAAUGAAGUUCGGGAGAAGAAUCAUGUCAAAACUUCAGAAAAUUUGAGUUGCUCUCAAACCAAACAGAAAGAUUUAAAGACAAGAGUAGCCAAGAAAUCUUUCACCUGCACUCAGUGUGGAAAGAGUUUGACAUGCAAAUAUAAUCUUGAUGUUCACUUGAGAGUUCAUACAGGAGAGAAACCAUUCACUUGUGAUCAGUGCGGGAAGUGUUUCACACAAUCGUUAAGCCUUAAGGUACAUAUGAAAAUCCACACUGGAGAGAAAGAUUACAAGUGUUCACAAUGUGACGAGAGAUUCAGUCGGUCAGGAGACCUGAAGAAACACAUGUUAGUCCACACUGGAGAGAAACCACACACAUGUGAUCAGUGUGGGAAGAGUUUCACACAAAAAGGAAGCCUUACAGCACAUAUGAGAGUUCAUACAGGAGAGAAACUUUUCUUAUGUAAUCAAUGUGGAAGGAGUUUUUCACAUUUAACUCACCUUAAGGAUCACAUGAACAUCCACACUGGAGAGAAACCUUUCAAGUGUUCACACUGUGACAAGAGAUUCAGUCGGUCAGGAAACCUGAAGAAACACAAGUUAAUCCACACUGGAGAGAAACCGUACACAUGUGGUCAGUGUGGGAAGAGUUUUACUCAAAAAGGAAACCUUAUGACACAUAUGAGAGUUCAUACAGGAGAGAAACUGUUUAUAUGUAAUCAAUGUGGAAAGAGUUUUUCACUCUUAGCUAAUCUUAAGGUACACAUGAACAUCCACACUGGAGAGAAACCUUUUAAGUGUUCACACUGUGACAAGAGAUUCAGUCAUUCAGGAUACCUGAAAACACAUGAGAGGAUCCACACUGGAGAGAAACCGUACACAUGUGAUCAGUGCGGGAAGAGUUUUGCAGGUAAAGGAAGACUUAUGGCACAUAUGAGAGUUCAUACAGGAGAGAAACUGUACACAUGUAAUCUUUGUGGAAAGAGUUUGAAAUGCAAAUAUAGUCUUGAUUGUCACAUGAGAGUUCAUACUGGAGAGAAACCAUACACAUGUGAUCAGUGCGGGAAGUGUUUCACACAAUCAGUACAUGUUAAAGAACACAUGAGCAUCCACACUGGAGAAAAACCUUACAAGUGUUCACACUGUGACAAGAGAUUCGAUAGGUCAGGAGACCUGAAAAAACAUGAGAGGAUCCACAUUGGAGUGAAACCAUACAAGUGUUCACACUGUGACAAGAGAUUCAGUCGGUCAACACAUCUGAAAACACAUGAGAUGGUCCACACUGGAGAGAAACCUUAUAAGUGUUCACACUGCAACCACAGAUUCAGUCAUUCAUCAAAUCUGAAAAUACAUGAGAGGAUUCACACUGGAGAGAAACCGUAUUACUGCACUGAAUGUGGGAAGUGUUUCAGUCGUCCAUCUUCUCUACACAGUCAUACAAAAAACAAUCACACAAAAAACACAGUAAGUAGGUCAUCUUCAGAUCCAGCACUUUCAGAUCUGAUGCUGCCUUGUCAUCAAACUUGAAACGGUUAUGCAUUAAGCAGGAUCAUCUGGAUUAAUCUGUUUCUAACCAGUCGUUAUGAGUGAUAUGACAACGAAACAUCUAAAGUUAUCACAGUGAAUCAAGUUAUCACAGUGAAUAAAGUUAAUCUUCAAAACCAGCAGAUGAACUCUGAGAUUCAGUUCAACUCAAAGAAGGAGUAACUCCACAAAGACCAAUGUCAAAAUAUAUUAUUAUUGCGUAUCAUUUUGCUGCAUGAUAUUAAUGAUAUCACUGUUGUUUCUAAUGAGUUUCAUGUUAUGGUCAAUUAUCUUAUAAUGCAUGUGUGUCACUUGUGGUUUGCUUACUCUUUCAUGAAUUAAAGGAGAUUUUCACAAAUUGUUCUUGAUCAGGAAGCUGAAAAAGGGACUAUAACACUUUAAGAGAGACUGAGAUUAAUUUUUUAAUUGUUCUUUGUUAUUUUAAAAAUGAAGUUAUUCUGCUUAAUAUGUAUUUUGGAAAUGCAAAUGCAAGAAAAACUGUCAUGUAGACUUGUGAUUGCUCCUUCUUUGCUUCUCUUGUAAGUAUUAAUGGAAACCUAAACCCGGUUUUAAAGGAGUCCUGGGGCUAAAUUACAAAAGACUGUAGUAAUGAUAAGCUCUAUUGCUAACUGUUCUACUUUUGAUGCUGGUUAUAUUAAAAAAACACAAUUUAUUAUUGUCACAUAAACAUUAUCAAGCUAAUUGUUUAUUGCCAAAUGUUUCUACAUGAGAUAAUAUUGAGAUGUGUUUUUUGUUAUUUUGCAAUCUAGAAGUGAAAUCGCUCUUGUAAUUUAGGUCUGCUUAAUCUAAUUUUAUUUUCGAUUGAGUUUGAUGAGAGAUGUUCACAUGUCUUUAACUUGGAGUCAGAGUAAAGUCUGAAGGGUUUAUCGCUGGAGUCCUAGUCAAGUCUGAAGUCUUUAUUGCUGAAGUCCUAGUCAAGUCUGAAGUGUCUAACCUAGAGUGCUAGUCAAGUCUGAAGUCUUUUUGCUGGAGUCCUAGUCAAGUCUGAAGUCUUUUUGCUGGAGUCCUAGUCACGUCUUAAGUCUUUAACCUAGAGUCUGAGUGAAGUCUGAAGUCUUUAUCACUAGAGUCUGAGUAAAGUCUGAAGUCUUUAUCGCUAGAGUCUGAGUAAAGUCUGAAGUCUUUAUCGCUAGAGUCUGAGUAAAGUCUGAAGUCUUUAUCGCUAGAGUCUGAGUAAAGUCUGAAGUCUUUAUCGCUAGAGUCUGAGUAAAGUCUGAAGUCUUUAUCGCUGAAGUCCUAGUCAAGUCUGAAGUGUCUAACCUAGAGUGCUAGUCAAGUCUGAAGUCUUUUUGCUGGAGUCCUAGUCAAGUCUGAAGUCUUUUUGCUGGAGUCCUAGUCAACUCUGAAGUCUUUUUGCUGGAGUUCUAGUCAAGUCUGAAGUCUUUUUGCUGGAGUCCUAGUCAAGUCUGAAGUCUUUUUGCUGGAGUCCUAGUCAAGUCUGAAGUCUUUUUGCUGGAGUCCUAGUCAAGUCUGAAGUCUUUAUCGUUGGAGUCUUAGUCAAGUCUGAAGUUUUUAUCGCUAGAGUCUGAGUAAAGUCUGAAGUCUUUAUCGCUGAAGUCCUAGUCAAGUCUGAAGUGUCUAACCUAGAGUGCUAGUCAAGUCUGAAGUCUUUUUGCUGGAGUCCUAGUCAAGUCUGAAGUCUUUUUGCUGGAGUCCUAGUCAAGUCUGAAGUCUUUUUGCUGGAGUCCUAGUCAAGUCUGAAGUCUUUAUCGUUGGAGUCUUAGUCAAGUCUGAAGUCUUUAUCGCUAGAGUCUGAGUAAAGUUUGAAGUCUUUAUUGCUGAAGUCCUAGUCAAGUCUGAAGUGUCUAACCUAGAGUGCUAGUCAAGUCUGAAGUCUUUUUGCUGGAGUUCUAGUCAAGUCUGAAGUCUUUUUGCUGGAGUCCUAGUCAAGUCUGAAGUCUUUUUGCUGGAGUCCUAGUCAAGUCUGAAGUCUUUAUCGUUGGAGUCUUAGUCAAGUCUGAAGUCUUUAUCGCUAGAGUCUGAGUAAAGUCUGAAGUCUUUAUCGCUAGAGUCUGAGUAAAGUUUGAAGUCUUUAUCGCUGAAGUCCUAGUCAAGUCUGAAGUCUUUAUCGUUGGAGUCUUAGUCAAGUCUGAAGUCUUUAUCGCUAGAGUCCUAGUCAAGUCUGAAGUCUUUGUCGCUGGAGUCUGAGUCCAGUCUUGAAGUCUCAAGUAAUUUAAUGACUCGCUAAAAAAAAUCCCAUUCACAAUCAUCAAGUAUUGAAAUCUUGGUUAUAGACUAAAUCUAUUCUAUAAUCUUUGUAAAAAAGGUGAUAAAAUGUAAGAUUAAUGUACAUCCUGUUACUUGUAUGUUUUGAUCCAUUACCCUGUUUAAAACUGUUUUUCUGUAAUCAAAUUCUAUAAUAAGACUCCAAUCUACCUUGACACAUAAGUAAAUAUAUGACACAGAUAUUACAAAACAAUAAAAAUAAAGCAUUUCUUUAUGAUAAGUUAGGACAAAUAUUCACUGUGUUUAGUCUCCCAAGUGCCGUCGUAGUUUGUUCCGUUUCAAAAUUCAAUUGAUAAGACUUCUGAGCAAACAAACACAUGCGCUGUAGUCAGUACUGUAUUUUCAUUUUGAUUUAUUUUGAUUCUUUUCAGUGUCAGGCCUACUUGUAGAUGGAGAAACAUGUCCAUUUGUUCUUUUCAGGAACCCUGUUGACAGCCAUUUAUGCAGCAAAAUUAUCUAAGAUAAAUGAUCUGUUCAUUCUUAAACCAAUCGGCGAGCUCGAAUAGUGGAAGCAUAUUUACAGUUUAAAAUACAUUUUUUGUUUUAUAUAUCUAUAUAUUCUGACGAGUCAGCUGCCUCCUCCCUGAUUGUAACCGGCAUCCCCGUCCUAAAUCGCCGCCCUUCACCAGGCUCCCGACUGGAGUGGGUGUGUGAGAGGAGGGGCGCUGGACGAGUCAGGGCUGGUGGCGUGUAAUGGGGCACACCUGAAGGAAAUGGAGCCUCAUCACCACCGCUGUUUAAAAGCCCAAUGCGCCUCUCCUCAGGAGACCGGUCUCUUCCCCGUGCUUGCACACUGGCUUCUAAAUCUGACCUCAGAAGACUACAGAGGGUAGUCCGGACUGCUGAGCGAAUCAUCGGUUCAACUCUCCCAUCUAUUCAAGAACUGUACUUAUCCAGAGUGAGAAAAAGGGCUGUCAAAAUCACUCUGGACCCCUCACAUCCAGCACACUCCCUCUUUGAACUGUUGCCAUCUGGUCGACGCUACAGAGCACUGACCACUAGAACAACCAGACACAGGACCAGUUUCUUCCCUCAGGCGAUCCAUCUUAUGAACAGCUGAUAAUAACGGCGAACACACUACACUUUAUAUUUAUAUACACACACACUUUAUUUAUCUAACACACAUACUUAGUAUACACUUAAAUUUUGCACACAAUAUAUAUGUACAUACAUAACUUCAUUUUGUAAUAUACCUGCCUACAAUUGUCAUUUGUAUACUGUCAUUCACUAUCUACUUAUUUGUAUUUUUUAUUCUUUUAUUAUGUGUUUUAUGUUCUGUCGCUGUCAUUCUGUUGUACUGCAGAGCUUCUGUCACGAAAACAAAUUCCUUGUAUGUGUAAACAUACCUGGCAAUAAAGCUCAUUCUGAUUCUGAUUCUGAUUCUGGUGUCCUCGUGGGUCCAGGAAGGGUGCGUUGAGGGACUCCCGCACCACAAGAGACGUGAGCUGCCGGUCCCGCGAUCCGGAGGAGAACCGCACCCGUUUACACGGCCGACGGGCCAGGAUGCUGGGCCGUCCAUCCCCUGCCAGCGCCGCGGCCAACGAGAGUGAUACGGCCGCUAGAGGAAGCCGGCGCCCCUCGCGUACCGGACUGAAGAGGGGAGCGCAUGCGGCCGCCGGACUCCGCCCCUUACCUGGACCCUUCCUCCAUGAACACUGCCCGACCCUCACGAACCCUGCAGCACGACGAGGACACCAGAUUCUGUUAUUUUGGACACUCUUCCCCUUUGGCCACCUUUUAUCCCGUUUUAUUUGAUUUUCUGUUAAUAAAAGCUUAGUUGCCCUUGAGCAUAAAUGACUGCCCACUUCUCCGGGUGUG